AUGGCUCCACGACCACCCCUUAAGCUAAACAACCAAAAUUUGUCCCUCAUUGAGGCGACCGGUGAUGCCUCCGUGAAGAAGCUCCCCACCUACCAGCGCGGUGGCGCCGUCAAGGAAGGAAUCGUCCACGUCGGCGUGGGCGGCUUCCACCGGGCUCAUCUGGCGGUCUACGUGGAUCAAUUGAUGCAAAAGCAUGGUGUGACCGACUAUGCAAUCUGCGGUGUUGGCUUGCAGCCCUUCGACGCUGCCAUGCGCGAUGCCUUGGGAUCGCAGGAUCACCUCUACACUGUCAUUGAGCGGUCGGCCAAGGGUAGCUUUGCUCACGUCGUGGGCAGCAUCAACUCCUACCUCUUUGCACCGGACGACCGCGAGGCCGUCAUCGCCAAGAUGGCCCACCCAGAUACCCACAUUGUCUCGCUCACCAUCACCGAGAGCGGCUACUACUAUAACGAGAAUACACACGAGCUGCAACAUCAACAUCCGGACAUUCAGUUCGACCUCGACCCGGCCAACGAGAAGUCCCCCCGCACCACGUUCGGUUUCCUCUACGCCGCCCUGGCACGCCGCCACCAGCAGGGCCUCAAGCCCUUCACCGUCAUGUCCUGCGACAACAUGCAGAAGAACGGCUCCAUCGCACGCCACAUGCUCGAGUCCUUCGCCCGCCUGCGCAACCCAGAGAUCGCCGAGUGGAUUGCCCAGCAAGGCGCGUUCCCCAACGCCAUGGUCGAUCGCAUCACACCGCAGACCUCGGCCACCGACAAAACGGCCCUCGCAGACACCUUUGGCAUCGAGGACUCAUGGCCCGUCGUCACGGAGCCCUUCAUGCAGUGGGUCAUCGAGGACCAGUUCGCCGACGGCCGCCCACCAUUCGAGAAGGUCGGGGUCCAGGUGGUCCGGAAUGUGCACGACGUCGAGCAGUUCGAGAAGCACAAGCUGCGCCUGCUGAACGGCAGCCACUCGGCGCUAGGCUACCCCGGCCAGUUGGCCGGCUUCAAAUACGUCCACGAGGCCAUGGAGAACCCGCUGUUCAGCAAGUUCGUGUGGCAAAUGAUGCAGUACGACGUGAAGCCCCUCCUGCCGGAGAUUCCGGGCGUCGACAUUGACCAGUACUGCCACACGCUCAUCGAGCGCUUCUCCAACCCAACCAUCAUGGACCAGCUGCCGCGCCUCUGCCUCAACGCAUCGGGCAAGAUCCCCCAGUUCAUUAUGCCCUCGAUCGCCGAGGCGAUCUGGGUGACCGGCCCGUUCCGCCGCCUGUGCUUCGUCGCAGCCGCCUGGUUCCAUUACGUGAAGGGUGUCGAUGAUAGCGGCAAGCCGUUCGAGGUCGAUGAUCCCAUGCGCGAGGUGCUCCAGGCCAAGGCUCACGCUGGCGGGACCAACCCGGCCGAGCUGCUGAGCAUCAAGAGCCUGUUCGGUGAUGACUUGCGCGGCGACGCGCGGUUCAUCAAGGAGAUCACCACGGCGAUGGAGGAUAUUGCCCGGGACGGCGUCAUGAAGACGAUGCCCAAGUAUGUGGACUGA